AUGGGUGAUAUAUCUAGGAAUGCUGGCUGCUUUAGACUAUGCACAGCCCAUGGACCUGGUCUCCACGCAACUGCCAUUCAAGGUAUGCAUGGUGCCGGAUUUGAGGUUAGGCAUAUAAUGGACAUGAGCGGGCACAAAAACGAGAGCUCCGUCAGAAGUUAUAACCGUAGAUGUUCUGGAAAUCAAAAGGAAAGCUUGAGUGAAACUCUAUCAUCUAUUUCUUCAGGCUAUGACGUGUCUGCACAAAUAUCUACUCAAGCACCAGUACUAACCGUGUCAACAGCUGAAAAUGCCAGUGCAGGGGCGGAUCCCGGAUUUCCAGUGUUCAACGAAGACAUUGUUUCGACGAGUUUACACACAUUUAGUGACGCUUCGCAGGAGGCUUAUGGCUCAGUAAUAUAUGCUAGAAACGAGCAUACGAGUGGAAUGAUAUCUAAUAGAUUAAUAGAAGCGAAAUCGAGAGUUGCUCCUUUAACAUCAGUCAGCAUUCCAAGACUUGAGUUAAUGGCCGUAUUUUUAGGAUUAAGAUUAGCACUUUCGGUUAAAAACGCAUUAGAAGUGCUAGAGGAUAAUAUGACAUUCUGGUCAGACAGUAUGAACGUUUUACAUUGGAUUAGAGGCAGAAGUAGAGAAUAUAAGCCAUUUGUAGCGAAUAGAAUUGGAGAAAUUCAUACGUCAUCGCAUCCUAAACAAUGGCGACAUGUGCCAACAAAAGUUAAUCCGGCGGAUUUAGUUUCUAGAGGAAGAACCGUAAAACAGUUACAGUCGGACGUAAUUUGGUGGAAUGGACCGGAAUUCCUACAAGAUGAGGAACCGCAAUGGCCGGACACUAAUAUUCAGUUAGAAAACAUACGUGAUACCGAACUUAGGUGUCAAAAGAAAACAAGCGAUAACUUAACUAAUUGUACUACACUGAAAAGUAUUCAUACUAGUGAUUCAGAUUGGCGCCUAGAUCCCGUACGUUAUUCGAGUUUUGUAAGACUAGUUCGUGUACAAGCGUAUGUGCACAGAUUUAUUGACAAUUGCAGACUAAAGCAAAAACAACGUCGUCAAGGAAGUUUAUCGACCGUCGAGUAUGCAGAUGCCGAAUUAAAAACAAUAAAAAAUGCACAAAGAGAGGCAUUUUCAGACGAAUACAACGCUCUUAUGAAAAGUAAAGAUUUACCGAAAACAAUCAAAUUAUUAGGAUUACAACCGCGAAUUGAUGAAAAUGGAUUAAUAAGAUGCGAUGGACGUUUAGAGUUCGCCGAUUUUCUAUCAUUCGAUGCAAGAUAUCCGAUUAUAUUACCACGAAAGAAUUGGGUCACGAAGCUUAUUGUGAAACGCUAUCACGAACUUGGAAAACAUGUUAGUGGGACAAAUCAAAUAUUUUCAGCAUUAUCGUCACGAUUUUGGAUUAUUUCAGGGAGAGAAGAAAUAAGAGAAUAUGAACAUGAGUGUUAUUCGUGUCGUAAGAAGAAAGCUAAAGUUGCCGAGCAAGUGAUGGCUCCAUUACCGGAAAUUCGUUUCAAAACACCUUUACAUGCUUUCGCUCGUACAGCAGUUGAUUUUGUUGGACCGUUCAUAACAGUUCAGGGCAGAGGAAAACGCCGUCAGAAAAGAUACUUAUGUCUAUUUACAUGUUUAGCGUCACGCGCAGUGCAUUUGGAAGUAGCAUUUGGAUUAGAUACGGACUCAUUUCUUAACGCAUUUUAUCGGAUGGUGAACAGGCGAGGUCUUCCGAAAGAGAUAAUUUCAGACAAUGGAACUAAUUUUGUUGGAGCAAAUAGAGAACUGAAAGAACUAGUUGCGCUUUUAGACAAGGAUAAAAUACAAAAUUCAAUUAGUAACCAAGGAAUUAAGUGGCAUUUCAACCCACCGUUAGCUCCGCAUUUUGGUGGUAUUCACGAGGCAAUGAUAAAAUCGGCAAAAAGGGCUAUUUAUGCAAUAUUAGGAAAUGCAGACAUUAAUGAUGAGGAGCUUUUAACAGCAUUUACCGGAGCUGAAGCACUGAUAAAUUCGAGACCGCUUACAUACCAGUCUGCCGAUCCGAAAGAUGAUACACCUUUAACACCGAAUCACUUCUUGCACGGACAAUUAGGUGGCCAUUUCGCUCCAGAAACCGUUGAUAUUACUAAUUUUAACCCGAGAAAACGAUGGAGAAGAAUUCAGUAA